UUCCCGGCGCUCAUGUGCUGGAGCUCACUAACGAGGGAAAACGAGAAGAGGAGAACAAGACACCACCGGAGAGGAGCUUCGCUGCUGUCUUCUCGCCAUUCGGACUUCGUGUGAGAGACUAAAGCCGGGACUUUUAAGAGAUAAAGAUCUGCGGCGCUUCGGUCGAGACGAGGAGCGACGACGCGGCGGGGUCAAGAGGGUCGAGAUGCCUCCUCAAUGAAAACGGACGGAGUGGUGAUGGUUGAGUUUGAGUAGGUCCUGGAAAAAAAAACAUGUGAGCUGGACUGACCUCUUUGUCCGCGCCAGGUUUGCCUUCUCUGGAGCAUCUCUGCUGUCUUCGUGUUUUGGAGGCCCUUUCUGCCCCUCACUGGUCUGACUUUGCCUCGUUCCACCAUCAUAUCAUAUCAUAUCCUUCACCCAGAGGAGCCUGUGAGCUUUAAGCCACCACCACCAACAACAAGGCCGCUCUGCUUCACUGUGUUCGUGUUUUCCAGCUAAGUUUCUGUGUCAUGGCCAAAGUCCAGGUGCUGAACGUGGCCGUGCUGGACAACCCCAGUCCUUUCGGGAACCCUUUCCAGUUUGAAAUCACGUUUGAAUGCAUGGAGGACUUGCCUGAAGAUUUGGAGUGGAAGAUCAUCUAUGUGGGCUCGGCAGAGAGCGAGGAGUACGAUCAGACCCUGGAUUCCGUGCUGGUGGGACCCGUUCCUGCAGGCAGACACAUGUUUGUGUUUCAGGCCGACGCUCCGAACACCGGGCUGAUUCCUGAGAGUGACGCGGUGGGCGUGACUGUAGUGCUGAUCACCUGCACCUAUCGAGGACAGGAAUUCAUCCGCAUCGGUUACUAUGUCAAUAAUGAGUACACGGACCCCGAGCUGCGGGAGAAUCCACCUAUCAAACCUGACUACUCACAGUUGCAGAGGAACAUCCUGGCGUCGAACCCGCGCGUCACGCGCUUCCACAUUAACUGGGAGAUGAGCACGGACAAAAUGGAGGACUCCGAGAACGUAGACCCCGCCCCCAACACCAUGCUCCCGCCCACCUGCCUGCCGGGAAAAGCCCCGCCCCUGGGGCUCAUGCCGGACAAUUCCAUGGACUGCCUGUAGAGAAUUUCCACACAAACGUAGGCUGAAAAAUCCGUCAGCAGCACUUCGCUGAGAAUACUGUCCUCAGCUGACCUUACCUCUGACCUCUCAUGCUGCGAAAACUUAAAUCAGCUGACAUCUAAAAAAUGGUUUGCCAAAAGAUCACAUUGGACAGUUUACCCCAAAAGUAGUCCAUCAGCCAAGUUUUGGUUCUUUUGUUCUGCACUAGAGCUACGAGUCUAUUAUUGCUAACAAACACUAGAAGUCAGUAGUCACCCAAAUCUUUCUGUAAAUACAUCCCCAAAACUUCUCUCAGCCCCCACGAACCACAACCAGGUCUCUGUUACGGUCACACAGACUUUUCAGUGUGUUUUACGGCAGGUUGAGAGGUUUGGAGAUGGAAGGUGGAAGAUAAGCUUGCCUUGAUACUCAGGUUUGGUGCUUUUUGGGUGACUAUUGAUUUCUAGUGUUUGUUAGUUUGUAACAGUAGUGAAAUUUGGACGCGUCUUGGCUGAUUGACUACAUCUAGGGUGAGUGGGAAAUUGUGUUAAGUUAAAACAACAUAUUUCCUUUAAAUUUAGUCAAUAUAGCUACUAAUUCUCAUUGUUAGGUUGAUGUAAGAAUAUGAUCAUGUUUAACCUAUUUCUAGAUUUUUAAGUUAUUUCACUUGAAUUCCAUGGGCAGAUGUUGCUUGUUUCUAGGAACUAUAGAUGCACAAUUAUCUACCAAUGGAAAGAGAGAAUUUCACUUAACGGAAUCAAGUAUUAAUAUUUAGAAAUAGGUUAUAAUGAACUGAAAUAUGAAAUAUCACAUAUCGCUGCUGUUGGAACAAAAAAAAGACCUCAUAUCUCCAAAAUGGGAGAAAUGGGAGAAUGAAAAAACUGCUUUAUUUUUAAUGUAAGUCAAUGGAAACAGAUGUUUUUCCAAGUCAUUUUAGGUCAAUUCUUUUAGUCCAUUCAUCAUGAAAUUUACACACAAUGUAAAGAGC